AAAUAAAGAAGGAAGAUGGCCGCCCUCAUUGUCCCCCGAUACAAUACAGCUGCACGUGCCGUAUGCAAGUUGUAUGGGGCCUUUGGUACCAACACAGGCCUGCUGGCGCGUACUAUUACCACUACCAGCGUGUGGCGGAAUCAAAACAACAACAGCAGCGGCACCACGAAUAAGGGCAAACAGCUGUCGGCAGCCGACGUGAAAAAGAUAGCCGAUAGCGAAGUGAAGAAAUCCGUUUUCAUCUCCCAGUCGAACGAUGUGUUCACCAAUUUGGCCCUCGAGGAUUGGAUCUAUCGGAACUUUGAUUUCGCCCACCACCACAUCCUGAUGCUGUGGAUCAACAAUCCGACGGUGGUCAUCGGACGCCACCAGAACCCGUUCGCGGAGACGAACGUUUCGGCGCUGAUGCGCAAGGGCGUUGAACUGGCUCGCCGCAACAGCGGUGGCGGGGCAGUAUUUCACGACGCUGGCAAUCUCAAUUGCACCUUUUUCACGCCACGCGUCCGGUACGAUCGAAAGUACAACUUGAACCUGAUCACCCGGGCACUGUAUCGGGAGUACGGAAUCAGUGCGGAGAUCUCCGAUCGGGACGACGUUACGCUGAUGGGCAAAAAGGUAUCUGGUACAGCAGCAAAACUGGGCCAACCGAAUGCAUACCAUCACUGCACUCUGCUCGUCAACUCGGACAAACUGCAUCUGGGCGAGUCGCUUGCCAAGGAUAAUGCCGAAAUUAUCAGCAAGGCCACCGCUUCGGUCCCAUCACCGGUCAAAAAUCUAGCCGACGUGAACCGCACCGUAAACAUCCAGCAGCUUCUAUCGGCCAUCGGAUACGAGUUCUUGCGUACCCCGGCCACACAGCUAACCGACGGUGGACGUGAUCUGCUGAUGAAACAACUUGGCUUUCAACUUAUCAACCCAACGGAGAAAUGGUUCCCCGGGUUGAGCGAGUUGCGCGAGAACUUUGCCUCGUGGGAUUGGCGCUUCGGCAAAACGCCCAAGUUUGCCGUUCAGAAGGAUGUCCAGCUCAAGUCCGAAGGGAAUCAGGCGCAUGACAUGAAGGUCAGAGUGGACGUUGAGAAGGGCCUUAUCCAGCAGAUAAGCCUGCUCAUUCCGGAGCAAGAGCCGAUUCCGGUCGUGUCCAGCUUGAUCGGUACUCCUUACAUGGAGGAUUGCUUCCACGGAAUUCUGGAAGCGAUGAAAGGCGCAAGCACCGAGAAUGUCAAGCAUGCGAUGGGUUUAUGAAAUUCAAGUUUGCACCUCGGAGCGCCGAAAGCCGAUGAAUGAAACAUGAGGAAAAUCAUCGUCCUGAACAAUGCGUGUAGAUGGUAAUGGUAGUAUGGCUGCUGAUUCAUCGAAUCCAAGAACAGAAAACAACUUAGGGGUACUUUAUUUUUUAUUGCUCACAUUUGCGAUACCCUUCUUGCCCUUGCCUUCACCGAGUUAGAAAUGCAGAACCAUUUGAAAUUUAGAUGUGGGGAAGGCAUGUGUUAACGGUGUUGACCAUUCAUCAAUGCCGCACAUUUGUUUUGCUUCGAUUUCCGUUACUUCUUAGUUGCAUUAUAUUUUCUUUGUUUCGGAACAGCAGGAUGACAAAGUGUAGUAAACAACAGUCGAAUCAACAAAAAGCGUCGUAAACAUGUGGCUGACGUUCGCAGGUGCCGGCCGCCGUUAUCAGGGCGCUAUUUUGUUCUAUAGUGUAUGGCUCGACUGAAUUAUCGCCUAAUCAAACAAAAUUUUUUCUUGUUAUUUUGGCCUUAUUUUAAGUAAGCGCAUUGAGAAUACAAAACGAAACAACACUAAUUUAAGAACAUUCGAUGUGAUAAGGAGUACCACAGAUCCAUUGGCGUACACCACCCCCCGUAUAUUGGCGUAUAUUAUUCGAUUUACUCAUUUGAGGUUGAAAUUUCCCUUCAAUUCAAAAUUGACGGAAAACAAACAUCUCCCGGAGUUAGUGCAAACGCCGAACGAAAAAAAGAUCAUUUUAUGGCUAAUCUUUAAGUUUUUUUUCUAUGCUAGCGCUUAGUUUCGCAUCCAGUGAAGUGAGAGGGAUGUCUAUAUAUUUCAUUCGUAUUAGUGGUUUAGUAAUAUCUCUGUUUUAUUUUUAUUCAGCUUAGUCUUUCGAAAAGUUAGUGAACUGUACUUUCUUAAUCAAGAAUACAAACCAUAUCAUUUAAUCUUAGGAUGGGUUUACGCUGAGUGCACGUUUUGUUUCGUUUGUUUCGCUUAGUUUGGAUCUUCAGUUAGUGAAUUAUCUUCUCUAGUGGAAAAGCAGCUGAAUCUGAGUACUAAAAAACGCGAUUGAGAUUGAUUCUAGGUUUCGAAUUGAGCAGAAAACUUGUGUUUGAAAGUUCGUAUUUACAUAUACAUGAUAGUAGAGAACAAUAAUUACAGUGCUAGAUAACAAACAAUACUAAUGAUAAAAAUGAUUUUAUAAAUGUACCAUGUUACGGUUGACGUUUACAAAAAAAAACUAAUAUGUCAAA